AUGCUCGACGAAAUCGUGAACGCCGUCAAAGACAGUAAGACUCUUAAUUUGUACACUACACAUGACACAUACCUAAAGGCUCUUAGAAAGAUGGAAUCUGCUUGUACUCCCUCCCCUUCUUCAACUGUAUCCCUUCCUGAAGUCCCUGCCGACGUCUCAGAAACUCGAAAUACCCAUAUUUCCCUCAUCCAUUCGUCUUCAAUGCAUCGACCCCAUCCUCGGAUGCAAAUUGCUCGUCUCAGCACACCAGAAUUAGACAAUGAGGAGUUGAUGCAUUUCAAGAAUCGCGAAAAGUCACUGGAACUGCUAAAUCGCACUGUCGAGAUACAACAAGAAAUCACACUAUGGGAGGAACUAAUGAGCGACAAGUGGUCUUAUUAUUAUGGUUGGAUUAUCAACUUUGAUUUUAAGGGUACCACAUACGAGCAAGUGACGAGCGAGGUGAUGGAAAGAGUAAGCAAGUUGCUCCAUGAGUGGUGUGCACUUGUGACAGACUCGGUCCCACAGGAUUUCGAUUACAAGACUGCAAUCAAGCAUAUACAGGAGCUUACCAUUGCCUUAAACUUCAUGCAGAAGUUGAGCGACAAUUCUGAUUAG